GUCUACGUCAAUUCACCGAACCGCAGAGAGGAGGUGGGCUCCCACGAUGCAAGCGACGAUCAGAGGCCGGGCAAAUCUACAGGUCGGCCCGACGAGCCUGGAGCAAGGCGUGAUUGCUGCGCAUGAUGGCAGUGCGCUCUUUUCCUUUGGCCCCACCACGUCGCUUGCGACUCUGAGCGGGCCCAUGGAGGUCCGCCUGCGCGACGAGCUCACCGACCGUGCCGCGCUCGACGUGAACCUGACGCCGCUCCAGGGCGUGCCCGGCGUCGCAUGCACCUCGUUUGGCCAGGCCCUGCACGACCUCUUUGCGUCCGUCGUGCUGCUCCACCUCUACCCUCGCGCGCUCCUCCAGCUCAACGUCCAGACGUAUGCACGGCCCCCCGCGAGGCUGCUGCGCGGGGACAAGCUCGUGCAAGAGACGCGGCCUGACCCGGACCGGACGCCGGGCCUCGCCGAGCGCGCGGCGCACAUCAAUGCGGCCUCGUUGGCGCUCCUCGACGCGCGCACGCCCAUGCGCGCCACCGUCGUGGCCAUUUGCGCCUGCUACGUGCCGCGCGGGACACGCAGGUUGCUCGACCGGAGUGCUUGGAGGCCAGACUCUGCGGCGACAAAUCCGUCGCAAGGCUUGAAAACGGACGGGACGAUGAUGGACGUGGACGGGGACGUGGCGCAGGAGCUGGGCCAGGAGCAGGAGCAGGAGCAGGAGCUAGACGGCGACAAGGACCUGGUCCUCGAUCCAUCACCAGCCGAAGAGGCCCUGUCGCGGUCCGGCUUCCUCUUUGCGUUUGCAAUCAGCGGCGCGAAACCCCUGAAUGGCGACGAAGGAGGCGCCGGAUCAGCCGACGUCGUCCUCUCGCAGUCCUCCGGCCGCUUCUCCCUGAAAGAGCACACGGCUGCGAUGAAGGUCUGUCGACAGGCAAGCCGACAACUUAUGGCCAAGUUCCGGGAGAGCAUCCAGACCGUCUGAGAGCAACGUCAAGACCCAACGCAAACUCGUGUAUCAUAGUCAAUCUUGGGGAGUUUAAUCGAGUUCACAUUGCAUAGAGAGGACAAGACAGAC